AUAAUCAGCCAUUUACGACUGUUGAAAAUAAACACUUUCGACAAAUGAUAAAGCUGUUAAAUCCAAAUGCAACUAUUCCUGUAGAGGAUACGAUUAGAAAUGAUAUUAUAAAAAGUUUCAAAGAUGAAAGCAUAAAUAUAAAAUGCUUACUUCAAAGUGCUCCAGGAAAACUUUCAUUUGCUAUUGAUGUGUGGACAUCAGCAAAUAUUUAUUCUUUUUUCGCCAUCACAGUGUAUUGGAUUUCUAAAGACUGGAAGCUUCAAAGUAUUUUAUUAGAUUUUAUUAAUCUUCACGGUCCUUAUUCAGGAGAGAACUUGUGCGAUGCAUUUGUUAGUAGCUGUCGUGAAUUUGGAAUUUUACCAAAAAUUUUUACGAUUACAAGUGAUAAUGCUACGAACAAUAAUAUUGCUUUUAAUGCUGUUGAAUCUUAUUGUAGAUGCAUUGCUCAUAUCAUAAACCUGGCUGUGCAAGAUAUUCUUAAACAAUUCAAGGCUGGCAAAGCACAAACUGAAAAUGCUAUCUUUGAUAAUAUGAACACACCCAUAAUGGCUGAAAAUAUAAUUCUGAACCUUCGAAAACUUGUAGUUAAAAUUAGAUCAUCACCGCAGCGUCGUGAACAAUUUAUGCGUCAAGUUAAAGCUGCUACGCUGGUGAUGCAUGAUGCAAUCGAUGCAAUUACACAUUUAGAUAAGGAUCUUCAAUCAUUACAACUUGAUAUUCAUGAAUGGAAUAAAAUUAGAGAGGUUGUAACCAUUUUAGAAAUAUUUGUACGAACAACCAAAAUGAUUGAAUCAGCAAAAUAUCCAAUGCUCGCUUCUAUUAUACCAAUAUAUAAUUAUUUGAUCGAUGAACUCACAAAACAUCGCAAAUCCUAA